AUGUCUGAAGUGGAUUCAAUCAUUGCAAGUCUAGACGACAUCGACGUCUCGCUGUUCGAUAACAAUGCGGACCGCAUCCGCGCCAGGGACGCCCUCAACAAUGCUUUAAGACGCCUACAGAGCCCGUGGGACAUUGCUUGGGACCACGUCAUAGGCAACAGCUCUGGAAACGCCGCCAUCAAGACACUCAUUGACGUCGGCGUAUUCAAAAGCUGGGCUGAGGCCGGCGGCGAACCCAUUACUUGCACCGAACUCGCAAGACUCACUGGCAAGGAUGAGACACUUAUCAGGCGGAUGAUGAGAUGCAUCGCAGGCCAAUAUCUCGUCAUUGAAACAGAUUUCGACACGUACGCCCGUACGCCCUGGGCGAAAUCGCUUGGUGACGAUCAGGGUUUGCGAGCGUGGUAUGGCGGGUUCUACUCUCAACUCAUCGGCCCGCUGCUCAGGACGUUGCCUGUGUAUCUCAAGGAGGCGGGAUACAAGAACCCGACAGAUCACACCAACUGUAAUUUCCAGCACUGGCAGGGGCCAGACUCGAUGUUUUUCAACUACGUCGGUUCGAAUCCUUUGCUGACAGCUGACUUCAACGACGCAAUGGAGGGUAACUCGCGCGGAAAUCUCACGGAUUGGCCCAAGAUAUACCCCACCGAGACCCUCGUCGAAGGUGCCCUCCCCGGUCGAGCGGUGGUAGUCGACGUGGGCGGUGGUAAGGGACACGAUUUGAAAAAGUUUCACCUUCGGAACCCAACGGUUCCCGCCAGUGAUCUCAUUCUGCAAGACUUACCCGCAAUUUUGAAGAAUGUUGAGAGGGACCCCGGGUUUACGAUUCAAGAAUACGACUUUUUCACACCGCAGCCCGUGAAAGGCGCCAGGGCUUAUUUUGCACACGGCGUGCUUCACGACUGGCCUGAGCUAAAGGCGGUCGAGAUUUUAAAGAUUGUUGCUGAGGCUAUGGACAAAGGGUACUCGAAGCUUCUCAUUCAUGAGAACAUGAUUAACGAAAGGAACCCUGUUGCGAGGGUUACGUCGUUGGACGUGCUCAUGAUGGGAGGGCUGGCGGCGGCCGAGAGGACGGAAAGCCAGUGGCGUAGCAUCAUCACUAGUGCCGGUCUGAAGAUUGUCAAGAUCUGGAGGGGAAGGGAUAUGGCUGAGUGUAUUAUUGAGGCGGAGUUGGUUUAG